ACAAGGGACUUACAAACUUAAUACAGUUUAUUUUUUUAAAGAAAGAAAUAAAAACAGACAAAAGCUCAAACCUCUGGAGUAAAAUUUGAAAGAUGAGUGUCAUCUUCUCCACUACAAUUAAUGAGCUCCGUCUGCAGGGAAAACUGUGCGACGCCGUGAUCAGAGUCGACCAUGCUGAGUUUAAAGUCCACAGGAUCAUCCUCUGCAACUUCAGCACAUACUUCAGAAAUCUCUUCCGCCAUACAGCAUCAACAGGGCAGCAGGUCUACAGCUUCAUCCAGGUGUCACCCUCUACAAUGGGCCUCAUCCUAAACUACGUCUACACCGGCUCUGUCAUGGUGACGGAGGAGAACGUGCUGGAGCUGUUGGCAGGAGCAGACUACUUUGGCAUUAAGGGCGUCAUGCUGGCCUGCUGCGACUUCCUGGUGCAGCAUCUUAGUUACAAGAACUGCAUUCACAUCUGGAUGUUGGCAAACUUCCACAAAUGUCCUGAGCUGAGUCAGAAGGCCUACCUCCACAUGCUGCAUCACUUUGAGGAGGUGGCAGGAUUCUCGAGGAAGUUCCUGCAGGUCUCUGUGAAGCAGCUGGCAGACUUACUUGAGAAAGAUGAGCUCAAUGUGAGGCAGGAGAGCGUCGUGUUUGAGGCCAUCCUCCGCUGGGUCGACUAUGAUCCAGAGGGGCGCAAGCAUCACAUGCCCAUGCUCCUGAGCAAGGUCCGUUUGGUCUUGAUGUCCAUAAAGUACUUAAAUGAGACUGUGAACACAAACGUUCUAGUGAGUAGGAGUCUGCCGUGCAUCGCCAUGGUGAUGAACGCCUUGAAGACCCUGCAGUCCAACAUGGAGAGACCUCUGACCCGCACACGUCUUCCCUCAGCCGUGCUGCUGGCUAUCGGUGGUUGGGGGAAAUAUUCUACCACCAACAGGAUCGACUUUUACAACGUCCGAGCCGACAGCUGGGCGAGAAUGAAGAGCGAAUGGGCUCCUCAUGCAUUUCAAGGUUCUGUUGUCCUCAACGGGUUUGUCUACUGUAUCGGCGGCUAUGAUGGCAAAGACUAUUUACGUAGAGUUCAAAAGCUCAACCUCGUCACCCAAACCUGGCAAGAGGUGGCGCCAAUGCAGAAAGUCAGAGGCUACGUCUCUGUGGUCGCCCUGAAUGGCUGCAUAUAUGCUAUAGGAGGCAGUGAUAGACAUGGGAAACUGAAAACUGCAGAGCGGUACCAGCCUGACACCAACCAGUGGACUCUGAUCGCACCAAUGCACAAGAACAGGAGCAACGCAGGCAUCGCCACACUACAUGGCAAAGUAUAUGUUUGCGGUGGUUUCAACAGGGCAGAACCAAUGACAACUUGUGAGUGCUACAACCCUCAAACCAACCAGUGGGAGCUGAUCGGCCCGAUGGAAAGUGGGUGUAAUGCGGCACGGGCCAUCGCCUACAAAAACCGCAUCUAUGUAGUUGGUGGCUACAGAGACGGCUCAAACACGUCCAGAGUCAUCGCCUAUGACCCGCUGUCAAAGCAGUGGAGCACGGUGCAGCCAAUGAUCAACUAUCACUGCAGCUUUGGCAUCGCUGUGUUGGAGGAACAGCUGUAUGUGGUCGGAGGCUUCGACAAUAAUGGCUGCAGCAGUAAAGUGGAGCGCUACGAUGAAAACACCAACAGGUGGCAGGCUGUCCAGGACAUGGAGAUGCCCCGCGGCGGCCUCAGCUGCUGUGUGGUAGAACGACACCACUUCACUACUGCGUAUGAUCUGUCAGAAAAAUGAAGCUGAUUUAUAUUUUGUAAUAAUCUUAAUUUGUAACUAAAGCUGUCCAGUAAAUGUUAGUGGGGGUAAAAAAAAAAAAAAGAGAGACAAAAAAGAAGCAUUUCUCUCUCAGAUGUAGAAGUACCUUGUAAAUGUAAAAUUUGUUUGUAAUUUUUACUAAAUUAAAAAUGUAGAGUUACUCAAUGCUACAGACUAGUUGUCAACAAAAAUUCCAUACUGAGUGUAUGUCUGUAUUUUCUCUUCGGGACGUUUCUGAGCGUCAACUGUGUCACACAA